AUGUCAGGGCAGAAAGGGCCCGGGGAGAUGACUAAUUCGAACCCCUCACGGGGGUUUCUCUUCACCUGGAUCUUAGUCUCGCUCGCCUGUCACCUGGCCUCCACCCAAGGAGCUCCUGAAGAUGUGGACGUCCUCCAGCGGCUGGGCCUCAGCUGGACGAAGGCGGCGGGCGGCCGGAGCCCCCCGCCCCCGGGGGUCAUCCCGUUCCAGACGGGCUUCAUCUUCACGCAGCGGGCCCGGCUCCAGGCUCCCACGGCCGCCAUCAUCCCUGCCGCCCUGGGCACGGAGCUGGCGCUGGUGCUCAGCCUCUGCUCCCACCGGGUGAACCAUGCCUUCCUCUUCGCCGUCCGCAGCCGGAAGCGCAAGCUGCAGCUGGGCCUGCAGUUCCUCCCCGGCAAGACUGUGGUCCACCUGGGGCCCCGGCGCUCCGUGGCCUUCGACCUCGACGUCCACGACGGGCGCUGGCACCACCUGGCCCUGGAGCUCCGCGGCCGCGCGGUCACCCUGGUGACGGCCUGCGGGCAGCGCCGGGUGCCCAUCUCGCUGCCUUUCCACAGGGACCCAGCGCUCGACCCUGACGGCUUGUUCCUCUUUGGGAAGAUGAGCCCACAGGCGGUCCAGUUCGAGGGGGCCCUGUGCCAGUUCAGUAUCUACCCCGUGGCGCAGGUCGCUCAUAAUUACUGUACCCACCUGAGAAAGCAGUGUGGACAGGCUGACACCUACCGGCCUCAGCUGGGACCCUUCUUCCCCCGAGACUCUGGCACACCCCUCACCUUCCAGAGCGACCCCGCCCGGCUGGGCCUGGAGAACCUGACCACUGCCAUGCCAGCCCUGGGGUCACGGCCGGCAGGCAGGGGGCCUGGGGUGACCGUGCCCAUCAAGCCCACGAGGACUAGCACCACAGGCCUGCCCCAGCCCAUCCCAUCCCAUCCAGCCUGGACCCCCCUGCCCUCCGCCAAGCUAUCAGCCAGUGAAGGGCCUCCUCCCGUGUCCCCGGUCCCUCCCGCCAGCUCCCCCAGAUCUGUCCAGCCAUUGCAGAAGAACACAGCCACCAAGACCCUCAAGAGUCACCCUGCCACACCUUUCUCGUCAGCCCUUUCUCCUUCAAUUACCCCGGUCAGAAGCCCCCGCCCCACCCAGAAGACAGCUCUGCCUGCCUUCACAAAGCCAGCCCCACCCACCAAGAAGCUGGUGCCACCUACUUCCCAGCCCAUUCCUGCCAAAGUCUCCCGUCCCACAGCGAAGCCGAUCCAGAGGAACUCCGGCAUGCCCAGACUCCCGCCACCCAGUGCCCGGCCCCUACCUCCAGCUGCUGGCUCCUCUCAAAAGCCUUUGCCCCCAGUGGUCCAGGCUGAGGCCAAGAUGAGUAGUCGUGCCAGUGAGCCGGCUCCUGCCCGCACCAGCACACACAGACCUCCCCCACCCACAGUCCCACCCUCAUCACCUGUCCCCAGUCCUAGCCCUCCCAGGACCGCUCGGCCACUGGCCACAGCGAUGCCUCCCACCCUUGCUCCUGGUUCAGCCUCCACUGGAAGCAAGAAACCCACUGGAUCAGAAGCCACAAAGAAAGCCAGACCCCGGAAGCCCAUCCCGCUCAGAUCCGGGAAGGCAGCCCGAGAUGUCCUGCUGAAUGAUCCGACAAGGGAGUCCAGCCCCAGGCAGCCCCGGGCCAGGCAACAGACCACCCCGGCCCCAGCGCUGGCCCCAGCGCAUUUCCUGUCCUCCAGCCCCCAGCCCAUGAGUACUGGCUAUUCGUUCUUCCACCUGGUGGGACCCACACCUUUCCUGCUGCUGAUCGGACCUCCGGGACCCAAGGGAGACUGUGGUUUGCCGGGUCCCCCUGGACUGCCUGGGCUUCCUGGACCUCCUGGCGCACGGGGUCCUCGGGGUCCUCCUGGGCCUUAUGGAAAUCCAGGCCUCCCUGGCCCCCCUGGAGCCAAAGGACAGAAAGGGGACCCCGGGCUCUCACCAGGAAAGGCCCACGAUGGGGCAAAGGGCGACAUGGGCUUGCCCGGGCUCACUGGGAAUCCAGGACCCCUUGGACGAAAGGGACAGAAGGGUUAUCCUGGACCGACGGGGCACCCCGGAGAACAGGGGCAGCCAGGACCCGAGGGUAGCCCAGGGGCCAAAGGUUACCCUGGCAGGCAGGGGCUGCCUGGACCCAUAGGAGACCCUGGGCCCAAAGGCAGCCGGGGCUACAUUGGACUCCCGGGGCUCUUCGGCCUGCCAGGGUCCGAUGGCGAGCGAGGCCUGCCUGGCGUUCCUGGCAAGAGGGGCAAGAUGGGUAGGCCGGGGUUUCCUGGAGACUUUGGGGAAAGAGGCCCUCCAGGACUGGAUGGAAACCCUGGAGAACUGGGCCUGCCAGGGCCCCCAGGAGUCCCUGGCCUCAUUGGCGACAUGGGAACAUUGGGUCCGAUUGGCUACCCAGGACCCAAGGGCAUGAAGGGACUGAUGGGAAACGUGGGGGAACCCGGACUGAAAGGUGAUAAGGGUGAACAAGGGGUUCCAGGUGUGUCAGGAGAUGCCGGAUUCCAAGGAGACAAGGGAAGCCAGGGCUUGCCAGGGUUCCCAGGCGCACGGGGGAAGCCAGGGCCUGUGGGCAAAGUUGGAGACAAAGGAUCCAUUGGGUUUCCUGGGCCCCCGGGACCUGAGGGAUUCCCUGGAGACAUUGGCCCCCCCGGGGACAACGGCCCAGAAGGCGUGAAGGGUAAGCCUGGAGCUCGAGGCCUGCCAGGACCCCGUGGGCAGCUGGGGCCCGAGGGAGAUGAGGGGCCCAUGGGGCCACCAGGGGUCCCUGGCUUGGAGGGUCAGCCCGGCAGGAAGGGGUUUCCUGGAAGACCUGGCCCAGAUGGCCUGAAGGGCGAGCCAGGCGAUCCUGGAAGGCCAGGGCCUGUGGGCGAGCAGGGACUUCUGGGAUUCAUUGGCCUGGUCGGGGAGCCAGGAAUCAUGGGAGAAAAGGGUGACCGGGGCAUGAUGGGACCCCCAGGCGCGCCCGGACCCAAGGGGUCGAUGGGCCAUCCUGGAACCCCAGGUGUGGUGGGAAGCCCUGGAGAGCCUGGACCUCUGGGUCCUCCAGGAUCUCGAGGCCCACCGGGCAUGCGGGGAGCAAAGGGACGCCGGGGACCCCGAGGACCGGACGGACCAGCUGGGGAGCAGGGGUCCAAGGGCCUGAAGGGCCCGCCAGGACCACAGGGCAGACUGGGCCAGCCUGGGCAGCAGGGCGUGGCUGGCGAGCGGGGCCACUUGGGCACACGCGGCUUUCCUGGCCUCCCGGGUCCCUCCGGUCCCCCAGGCGCCAAGGGCCUCCCAGGAGAACCGGGCCCUCAGGGACCCCAGGGGCCAAUUGGCCCUCCAGGAGAGAUGGGACCCAAGGGACCACCAGGUGCAGUGGGAGAACCGGGCCUUCCUGGGGAAGCUGGCAUGAAGGGUGACCUUGGGCCUCUUGGCAUCCCUGGGGAGCAGGGCCUCAUUGGGCAGCGGGGAGAGCCGGGCCUCGAGGGCGACAGUGGCCCUGCAGGGCCUGACGGGCUGAAGGGGGACAGGGGUGACCCCGGGCCUGACGGUGAACGUGGCGAGAAGGGCCAAGAGGGACUGAAGGGCGAGGACGGGCCCCCCGGCCCUCCUGGCAUCACUGGCAUCCGGGGUCCUGAAGGAAAACCAGGGAAGCAAGGCGAGAAGGGCCGGACAGGAGCCAAGGGUGCCAAGGGCUACCAAGGACAGCUGGGUGAGAUGGGCGUCCCUGGAGAUCCUGGACCCCUUGGCACCCCAGGCCCUAAAGGGUCCCGGGGCAGCCUGGGACCAACGGGUGCUCCAGGACGGAUGGGGGCCCAAGGAGAGCCAGGACUGGCCGGUUACGACGGACACAAAGGCAUCAUGGGACCCCUCGGACCUCCUGGCCCCAAGGGUGAAAAGGGGGAACAGGGAGAGGAUGGCAAGGCUGAGGGGCCCCCCGGACCACCUGGAGAUCGGGGCCCCGUGGGUGAUCGAGGAGACCGUGGGGAACCAGGGGACCCUGGAUACCCUGGGCAGGAGGGUGUACAAGGCCUCCGUGGAAAUCCAGGCCAGCAGGGCCAACCCGGGCAUCCGGGACCCCGGGGACGGCCGGGCCCCAAAGGAUCGAAAGGGGAAGAGGGACCAAAGGGAAAGCAAGGCAAGGCUGGGGCCCCAGGACGGAGGGGGAUCCAGGGCCUGCAGGGGCUCCCGGGGCCUCGGGGCGUAGUAGGGAGACAGGGCCCCGAGGGUGUUGCUGGACCAGAUGGGCUUCCUGGCCGUGAUGGUCAAGCUGGACAGCAGGGGGAGCAAGGAGAUGACGGGGACCCCGGGCCCAUGGGCCCCGCUGGGAAGAGAGGAGAUCCAGGUGUGGCUGGCUUGCCUGGGGCACAGGGGCCCCCAGGAUUCAAGGGUGAAAGUGGGUUACCUGGGCAGAUGGGACCCCCUGGCAAACGAGGGACAGAAGGUGGAAUGGGGCUUCCUGGGAACCAGGGGGAGCCUGGAUCCAAAGGCCAGCCGGGUGACUCUGGCGAGAUGGGAUUCCCAGGAAUGGCUGGCCUCUUCGGACCCAAGGGCCCCCCAGGAGACAUUGGCUUCAAAGGCAUCCAGGGCCCUCGGGGGACCCCUGGCUUGAUGGGAAAGGAAGGUAUCAUCGGGCCCCUAGGAAUCCUGGGGCCUUCGGGACGCCAGGGUCCCAAGGGCGACAAAGGCAGCCGAGGGGACUUGGGAUUGCAAGGUCCGAGGGGUCCUCCCGGUCCCAGAGGGCAGCCCGGCCCACCGGGUCCUCCAGGGAGCCCUAUCCACUUUCAACAAGACGACCUUGGGGCAGCUUUCCAGACGUGGAUGGACACAAGCGGCGCACUGAGAGCGGAGAGUUACAGCCAUCCGGACCGGCUGGUGCUGGACCAGGGAGGGGAGAUCUUUAAAACCUUACACUACCUCAGCAACCUCAUCCAGAGCAUUAAGACGCCCCUGGGCACCAAAGAGAACCCCGCCCGCGUCUGCCGGGACCUCAUGGACUGUGAGCAGAAGAUGGUGGAUGGUACCUACUGGGUGGAUCCGAACCUUGGCUGCUCGUCCGACACCAUCGAAGUCUCCUGCAACUUCACACAUGGUGGACAGACGUGUCUCAAGCCCAUCACGGCCUCCAAGGUGGAGUUUGCCAUCAGCCGGGUCCAGAUGAAUUUUCUGCACCUGCUAAGCUCUGAGGUGACGCAGCAGAUCACCAUCCACUGCUUUAACAUGACCGUGUGGCAGGAGGGCACCGGGCAGACCCCAGCUAAGCAGGCUGUGCGCUUCCGGGCCUGGAACGGGCAGAUCUUUGAGGCCGGGGGUCAGUUCAGUCCAGAAGUGUCCAUGGAUGGCUGCAAGAUCCAGGAUGGCCGCUGGCAUCAGACGCUCUUCACCUUCCGGACCCAGGACCCCCAGCAGCUGCCCAUUGUUGGCGUGGACAACCUCCCUCCUGCCUCAUCAGGGAAGCAGUACCGCCUCGAAGUUGGACCUGCGUGCUUCCUCUGACCUCUGACCUCCUGGCUCCUCUAGGCCUCGAGGAGGAGGGAAGAGGAGAAAGAGGCAAAGGGAGGGUACCUAGGGGUAGGUGGGCCCAGGAAAGGCAGCUCACCUGCCCAGGGAUCCUUGAGCAGACCCCAGCUGUUGUCUGCCCAGUGGAAGAGGCUGAAGGGUAGCAGGACACAUGGGGUGUCCUUGGGAACAGCUGAUCCCAACUCAGCCCUAAACACCAACCAAAGAGCCAGCCAGAGCAAGCUGGGCCUGCAACCCGCCUGAGCCCCAUGGCCUGUCUCCCAGCUCUGCGGCCACCCCCUUCCCUGCCCAGCUUCCUGCCCAAAGAGCCCCACCUUCCAGCCAGCUUGAGAGAAGGGGGCAUCUUGUCAGCUGGUCCCUGCCGGGGAGCUUUGAUGUGCAAUAUUAGAGAGGAGACAUGAAAAAAGGAGAAAAGGAAAGAAGUAUAUAUAUAUUAUUUAAACAAACACAAAGAAGGUGCGUUACUAUUUUUUUUUUUUUCAUCUGAGAAAGAUGUGAGAAGAUGAGAGAGCAGCCAGGGGGUGGGAAGUGAUGGAUGCAGAGAGGGAGAGGUGAGAUCCUUGGGGCUGGGGGUGUCCACGUCUGCUACCUCCCACUGUGAAAUCGCUGGUGCUCACAAUUGUCUUGUAGUGUAUGUGAUUUUUUAAGGAAAAAAAAAAAACUCUAUUUAAGAUUCUGAAGGUGCUACCAUUUUUGCCACAGACUUUGAAGAAACAUUUAGAUGUGGGGUAUCAUCCACGUUUUUCUCUCUCCUCCAAAUAACAAAGUUCGGGGAAUUUAAAAAUUUUUCCUAAUGUCACCCUUGUGCUCAUCAGGUAAUCUGUUAAACAGGAGGUGGGGAAAGAAGGUAAAAGUGAAAAAAAAAAAAAAAAAGCAAAGCAAAAAAACAAAAACAAAAAAUAACCAGAAACAGAAGUAGGAAAGAUUUACCUUUUAACUUAUGGACUUUGAAAUGCUUGUCCUCUGAAGGCAGGGGGAGGCCUGAGCAUGAAGGAUCUUAUUUUGGCCUUUCUUGGUCUUGGAGGGAAGUUAGCUUAUCUUGGAUGGCGUGAUCUAGACUGAGGAGUCCUGACCUUGAGCUUCGACCUUGAAGAAACCAAUGAGGAGAAUGGCGCAGGGUCAGGACUGGCCUUGGAGGUGGACUGUAAAUACGGACCCAUCUCAUGAAGGCACAGACCAUCUCCUAAGGUCUUCCAUUCUGGAGCUUGUCCUUCCAAGAUAACAGUCGUCACUCUUGCUUUUUCACUGUCAUUCAAUUCUGUAGAAACCCAGUGUUGCUAACUCCAAGUGUAAAUGUGGGCGCAGGAGAAAGGCUUGUUAUGGGAAUCUCAGAGUUCAGCAUGGCAGGGCUCACCAGGGUAAUCUGAAUUGUCCUGUAUCAGUGAACCAGUCAGCAUCCAGGUUGGAUUUUUGAGGUCAUUUUAACUAUGGAAUUAUUUUUAUAGAAGGGGAAAUUGUAUGUGAAAGUCUAUUUGUGUCUCUCUUUUUUUUUUUUUCUUUCUAAAGUUGUGUCUCUUUGGGAAUUGGAUUUGAUUUUCAUUAUUUAAUACCUCACUCCGGCCCACCCCCCCCAGCCCGCCCCCACACCCCACACCCCACCCCCACUUCCUGUCUCCCUGCCCUGCCCACCGCCCCCUUGCUCCCAGAAGUGCGUUUUUUGUAGCAGCUCGGGCCUCAUCUCAGCCCUCGGUCUCCCAAGCCGCCAGUCUCCACCUGGCCUCUGUCCCGGCGUCUGUCUUGUCCUUGGGUUUCUCUGCUGUCCUCGUUCACGUCUCUGUCCACAUGUCAGUGUGUUAAAACCCAAGUGGGUUCUGUUUCUCCUUUUCCCUUCUGGAUUUUAAAUAAAUAUUUAAAACUGAGGCAAUGGAAUGA